AUGGAGUCGCAACAAGGAAGGUUAAUACCUUUGGGAGUCACACUUGUACCUUGGAAUCGUAUUAAUUACGAUGGUGGUGUCAAUGAAUUAAUCCUUGAUGCUCUUGAUAUAAUGGAUGCUUUUGGUUUCACUAAUAAUUUAACAAGUUCUGAUUUAUGCAUAGAACCCUUCAAAAAAAUUCUAAGUGGAGUUAUGGAGCAGCCACGAUAUAUAAGAAGUUCUAUAAAUGUAGGAAGUGAUCAUGUAAUGAUUCUCGAUGCUGUUGAUCUAAAUCUCGCUCGUCCUCAUCAUACUCAUGCUACAAAUCGAUCAACAAGGUUCACUCUCUUGCGUCCUUAUGUUGUUCGCCACCAUAACCUCAGCAACGAGGUUCAAACUACGACCAGAAAUACUGAAACUAUCGAACGACAUUCUUAUCGUUAUCUUUCAAAAAUUAGAGUUGAAGAAGGAAUGGAGUCUGAAGAAAUGAUGUGUUCUAUUUGUUUGGUUGAGCUUUUGGUUGGAACGCAAGCAACUCGGUUGUGGUGUUCGCAUUUGUAUCACGAAGGAUGUAUUAUGAAAUGGCUUUGUAGAUCAAACACUUGCCCUUUGUGUCGUCAGAUUGUUCAGAAUAUGUGA